AUGAACUCAAAGUCAAAACCUAAAAAACCCACACCGAUUAGGGUUUUCGGACAACGAUCCAUCACCUCAACAUUCCGCUCUCUCCCGCUAAAUCCCUCUCAUGAUUCCGAAGCAAGUUCGAGAAAUCAAGCUUCGCGUAACAGCGACUCCACUCGUUUAUCGCUUACUCACUUCCUCGAUCGCAAACUGCAUAACUCUUCAACAGUCCCUCAAACCGUUCCGGGGAAAUUGACGCCUUUUCAAUCACCGGCCAGUGAGCAAGAUGGAAGCGUCAAACUAACUGAAGAAGAGAGAAAGUCUGCAACUGCUGAUGAGAAGUUGAUUUUGGGAAUGUUCAAGCAAGAGGGCAAAUGUGACUUUGUUCCUCCGUUAGAUCUUGAUGAGUUAGGAAAUUCUGUGGCAGAUGUUGGUCAAGGAGCUAGGAAAAGGAAAAAUCCAUUUGAAGGUGGAAAUGAGAACCAAACUGUUCGAAAGCAUGUGGUAGUUCUUGGAGGUGAAUCAAGGUUGAAGCCAAAAAAGCAGAUGAAAAAUGACUUCGAGGUCAAAAAGCAAAAACCAUAUAAUCACUAUGCAAAUGGCUGCGGCUGGUGGGACUAUGACAUGGAAGGUGUUGAUAAUGAGGCAUUGGGAGUCAGUGAAGUAUGGGAGGGAGUGGGAUCUACCACACUUGGAGAAAUCUCUACUGCAAAAGUAGCGACAUGUUUGUUGCCACCUAAAUCAAAGUCAACAAUGAUACUCCUAUCAUGGAGAGCCGGUAAGGAAAGACAAUAUUCAACGGGAAUCACAUAG